AUGUCUCACGUUCGUAAGCGGAACAACUAUAAGGGGUCCGGUCUUAUUAACUCUGUUAUAAAUCAUUUACCCGUGGAAUUACAUUUACCAGGCUACAGAGCAUCGAUCGAUAUGAAUGCUGUUAAACAGUUUAAAAAUAAUGAAAUAGUAGACGCUCCUAAACUAAAAGACGUUAAAAUAAACAUAACAAAAAUAUUGUGGAGAAUGCCUAUAGUGAAAGUGAGUGAUAGAGAAAAAAUACGACUGUUGAAAGUAAUCAACAAUCAGAAACCUCUAACAUGUGCGUUUAGAUCGUGGGAACUGUAUGAAUAUCCGUUUUUACCUCAAAACACUUCGCAUUCGUGGAAAGUAAAGACAUCUAACAAAUUAGAAAAACCUAGAUAUGUCAUAAUCGGUUUUCAAACCGAUAGGAAAAAUAGCUCGAGUAAAGCAAUGUCAUUUUUCGAUCAUUGUAAAAUUAAAAACGUAAAGGUCUAUUUAAGCUCUGAAGUAUUCCCAUAUGAAGAUUUUCAAAGCGACUUUACUAAGAACAAGAUGGCUACAUUAUAUCACGCAUAUACCGAGUUCCAGAAAUCAUACUAUGGUUAUAACGAUGUGACACCUCUAUUGAACCGUUCGGAUUUCAAAAAUCUUUCUCCAAUUAUUGUUGUCGACAUGAUUCGGCAGAACGACAACGUGAAAAUGUCAACCGUAGACCUCAGGAUUGAACUUGAAGUUGAUGAAGCGUUCUCAUCUGCUACUUCAGCAUAUUGUUUAAUAUUACAUGAUCAAAUUAUAACUUAUAAUCCAUUUAAUGGAGAAGUAAGAACCUUGUAA